AUGGGUUUCUUGAAUCUCUUUGCUGUUUCAUCAAUGCCUGUCCUCAAAGUGCUUUUGGUGACUGGACUGGGAUCAUAUCUUGCAAUUGAACGUAUUAAUAUUUUGGGAGGGGAUGCAAGGAAGCAUUUGAAUAAUAUUGUGUUCUUUGUUUUCAAUCCAGCACUUAUCUCGAGCAAUUUAGCCAAAACAAUAACAUACGAAAGCAUGGUUCAGAUGUGGUUCAUGCCAUUUAAUAUCCUUAUAACAUUCAUCAUUGGUUCAGCUCUUGGGUGGGUAGUCAUUCAAAUUACAAGAGCUCCUCCACAUCUCCACGGACUUGUUAUAGGUUGUUGUGCUGCAGGCAACUUGGGCAACAUGCUUAUCAUCAUAAUCCCAGCGGUCUGUAAAGAGAGAGGAAGUCCAUUUGGAGAUCCUGAUGUUUGUUCUGAAUAUGGAAUGGGUUAUGCUUCUCUGUCAAUGGCAAUAGGGGCAAUUUAUCUAUGGUCCUAUGUAUAUAAUAUUAUAAGGAUAUCUUCAAGUAGGAACUCGAAGGAAGUUGAAAUAGACGACUUAUCAAUCACGAAGUCUUCUGCAGAAAGUUCUAUGGUUCCAUCUGGUAGCAGUUCCAUAGAAGUGGUAGAACCUUUACUUUCUUCAAAUCAGUUGGCACUUCCACAAACUAGAUUUGAGGAGAAGCCUCAGGUGCCUUUUUUGGAUAAGAUAAAGCAAUAUUUGGAGAUGCUCUUACAAAAGAUGAACUUGAAGAUGUUAUUUGCGCCAUCAACUAUUGGGGCGAUUGCUGGUUUUGUAGUUGGACUUGUACCUCAAAUUCGAAAGUUGUUGAUUGGUGACACAGCUCCUGUCCAUGUUAUCCAAGAUACCGCACUUCUGCUUGGGGAUGGAUCUAUUCCAGCUGUCACACUGAUAUUGGGAGGAAACCUUUUAAAGGGCUUAAAAGGUUCUGGGAUUCAGAAGUCUGUUAUUUUAGGCAUAAUAAUUGUUCGGUACAUUGCCCUGCCUCUGCUAGGCAUUGUCAUUGUGAAAGGGGCACUUCGCUUUGGUUUGGUGCAUCAGAAUCCAUUAUAUGAAUUUGUUCUUUUGCUUCAGUUCGCACUUCCACCAGCAAUGAACAUAGGUACUAUGUCUCAGUUAUUUGGUGCUGGAGAGAGUGAAUGCUCAGUUAUUAUGCUGUGGUGUUAUGUCUUGGCUUCGUUAGCACUCACUCUGUGGUCAACGUUGUUCCUGUGGCUCGUGGCCUGA